AUGAGUUGGACUACUACUCCAGGGGACGAUGCAUCCUGGUCCAAGUCCGUCAUGAUCAUCGAUCCUCGUGAUGAAACUUCAGCCAUUGGAUUUCAGGAUGCAGCCUUUGCAGGCGACACUAUCGACACCAACUUCGCACCGGUUGAGAUUCAAGCGAACGGGAGCCUGCUGGCAAUGUGGCGUUCCUGGCAAGAUUGCCCCACGGCGGGAGGUGGUACCUUCUGCUCCGUGAUCCACACAGCUAGUGCAACGCACUGGAAGUGCAGCAGUGCACAGGACUGCAAAACGAAGAACACUUUCCAGACCAGGAAUAUCUUUGCUGAUGAAGGCACUGGACCAGCAGAGUGGGGUGCCAAUGAGCUCUUCGUAACCAAAGGGAUUGAGGAUCCCUUUGGAUGGAAGGAUUCGCAAGGCGUGUUUCAUGCAAUUUUCCACUAUAUGGUAUCGGAAAGAGACUUGACGUCCCAUGCUUGGAGUACUGACUUCUUCGGCAAGUGGACGCACACGGGGGAUGCAAAUGUCCAGAACGUUUCUUUCACCGAUGGCACGUUUGCAAAGUUUGAGUCAUGUGAGCGGCCGAACUUGGUGGUGGAUGAUGCCGGAAAGCCUGUCGCUUUAGCUACCGCCUGUAAUGCCGGGACAAACCCUCCUGAAGGCUACAUGAUCGGGGAGUUUCCGAUUCUCGAAUCCUUGGAGUUUGCUGUUGACGAUGCCGCUUUCACUUUGGUCCAGCCGCUCAUGGAUGGCACGAACACCAAUACUGCCAAUACUAUUCCAGUGACUCGGGUGCCGAAGACGUAUCACGGUUACUACGGGCGGAAGUGGUCCCGUUGGUGGUCACGGAAGAAGGGCUAUGGCUACUCGCAGACCCCCACCCUUGUGCAGGAUGGUUCGUCGGACACCGUACAUUUUAUGCAGAUUGAUACGAACGGUAGCCACAAGGAGCUGUGA